AUAAUGCAGCACAAUGUCCAAAUUCAGCAGAAGUAUCACUAAUGUGAGAUGUAAACUCUCCAUUAACACCUGGAUGUAGUAGAAAUACUGUAUUUUCUUUGGCAGUGGGGUCAGUAGGGGCUGAUAUUAUUUCAGUGAGGCAGCAAGGCAACUGGGCGGGGUUAACAGGAACACUUGGAAAAGUGGAAUGCUUUCAAAGGUGGCAGAAAGUGUUUGGAGAUUCAGCGAGGCUGGAGGUGUAGCUUUUCUUAGUUUUAGGUUGCUUAACUGUCAUUCAAGUGUACAAGGGGUUACUUGCAACACCUUAUGAGGGGAUUUUUUUUAACCCUGAGUCUCACUGCAUUGUUAUUUAGCGCCAGCUUACUAAAUACAAGCAAGCUUAAGUAAUUUAAAGCGUCACAGGAACCAUGGCAACGACAGCUCUCACCGGUUUCUCCAUGAUGAGCCUGCUGAGCCUCGGGUACCUGACCUGGGAUCUGAUGAGCCCUAACCAGGUGGAAAACGAUCCAGAAAAACCUUUUAUUGGCAGAUUUCCUGUCCCUCAACCCCCUCAUAUUAUUUUCAUUAUGACAGAUGACCAGGGGUUCAAUGACAUUGGCUAUCAUAGCUCAGACAUCAGGACACCGGUGCUGGAUAAACUGGCUGCGGAUGGCGUGAAGCUGGAGAAUUAUUACAUCCAGCCCAUCUGCACCCCAUCCAGAAGUCAAUUCAUCACUGGCAGGUACCAAAUCCACACUGGUCUUCAGCACUCCAUCAUCCGACCUCGCCAGCCUAACUGCCUGCCUUUUGACCAGGUCACGCUCCCUCAGAGGCUACAGGAACUCGGCUACUCCACCCACAUGGUAGGGAAGUGGCACUUGGGGUUCUAUAAGAAGGAGUGCUUACCCACUCGCCGUGGCUUUGACACAUACUUUGGAUCCUUAACGGGGAGUGUUAACUACUACACCUAUGAUGGCUGUGAUGGCUCUGGGCUGUGUGGCUUUGAUCUCCAUGAGGGGGAGUCAGUUGCCUGGGGUCAGAGUGGAAAAUACUCCACGCAUCUGUACACAAGGAGAGUACGCAAGAUCCUGGCAACCCAUGAUCCUCAAUCCCAACCGCUGUUCAUCUUCCUCUCCUUCCAAGCUGUUCACACACCCUUACAAUAUCCAGAUGAGUACAUCUACCCCUACCUUGGGCUGGAAAAUGUGGCACGCAGGAAGUAUGCUGCUAUGGUGUCAGCUGUAGAUGAAGCGGUUCGUAAUAUAACAUACGCUCUCCGCAAGUAUGGAUACUAUCAGAACAGUGUCAUCAUUUUCUCUACAGACAAUGGAGGUCAGCCCUUGUCUGGUGGAAGUAACUGGCCUCUUAGAGGACGUAAAGGAACCUACUGGGAAGGUGGCAUCCGGGGUCUGGGAUUCGUCCACAGCCCUCUGUUAAGGAAAAAGAGGAGGGUGAGCAAAUCACUGGUGCACAUUACUGAUUGGUAUCCCACAUUAGUGGGAUUAGCAGGUGGUGAUGAGUCCCUCACUGAGGGGGUUGAUGGGUAUAAUGUGUGGGAGGCCAUCAGUGAAGGAAAAGAAUCACCUAGGCUGGAAAUCCUGCACAACAUCGACCCUCUGUAUAACCAUGCACGCACUGGCUCCCUGCAGAAAGGAUAUGGCAUUUGGAAUACAGCCGUUCAGGCCUCCAUACGAGCUGGAGAUUGGAAACUUCUGACAGGAGACCCUGGUUAUGGAGACUGGAUUCCACCACAAAUACUUCCAGGUUUCCCCAGUAGCUGGUGGAAGCAGGAGCGUCACACACGUCCUCGAAAAACAGUGUGGCUUUUUAACAUCUCCGGGGACCCCUAUGAACGUUAUGACCUUUCUGAGCAGAGACCGGAUGUUGUGAAGCAGCUGCUUGCCAGACUGGUGUACUACAAUCGCACUGCGGUGCCUGUGAGGUACCCAUCAGAGGAUCCGCGGGCUGACCCCUAUCUGAAUGGAGGUGCCUGGGUCCCUUGGGUAGGUGAUGAGGAGGAGGACAACUGGGGCAGUUUUUUCCAGAAAAAAAGCAUGGAUUGGAAGAAGAAGCUAAAGCUAUCCAAAAGCAGGUCAUUUUUCGGGAAACUAAAAACUCGGAUCAUGUCUAACAUAGUAUAGGAGAACACAACCAAAAGAAAAUCACUGGUUUAAUGAAGAGGUGCUACUUUAGUUGAGAGAACAUCUGAAGAUGUGUUCUCACUCAUGGGCCAGGUUUCUGCAAGAUCGAGCUGUAGCUGCAGGUGCAUGUUCGAUUUCUGUAAGAAUAACCGGUUGGUGAUGUUUUCAUUAUUAAUUUGUUUGUAUCUCAAUUAUAAGUGUUUGUUUUGCAAAAGUGAACAUUAUAAGCUUCAAAAACACAUGAGCGAAUUCCAUUUUACAGGUGCAACUGUGCAAGCUAGUGUGUUUACUGUUGCACAGGUAAGGGUUGUUUUAAAAACUCAAAAUCUGUGUACUUGACAAGAAUGACAAGGUGGAAUCAUCAGAAGCUUUCUGGCUUUGAUUAAUGUAAAUGAUGACUACCUCUGUGGCAAUGUGACAUUAAUUGUAGACAUUAUUUCCUUCAUUAAAUUAGCCUCUGGAUUAUUGUAUUUACAUAUUUUCUACCUGAAGAAUAUUCUUUGUUUCUGUACACAUCAGAUUAUUUUUGUGCUGUUCUGUACUUUUUUAUAGCAGCUACCUGUUCCACUGAAUAUUAGGAGAGGGCUUCCUUCUUCAUUUGUCACAGCUAUUCACGAUGAGCUUGAACGAUUGCAAGGACUUUAGCAAAAAUCAGUACAAAGCAACAUAGCAAUAUGUUUUAAAAAACAGGCUUGUUUGCCUCAUUGUGCCAGAAUAAAAACUGAUGAGAUGCCCAGCCGGGCACAUAUAUGCUGGUGGACAUGCAUGUACAGACAUAGCUGUUUCUUCUAUUUUUAGAGCAGGGUAGGAGGAAGCAUGCAAAACAAAAGUCAAAGUAGCUUCAGUGUGUUUAAAAGCCCCGUACUAUUCGCACAGGUUUACUGCACCCCUAUAAGAAUGGUAGCUUCCAUCUCUGCUGUAAUACAGGAACUACCGAUGUAGGUUCUUUUUUUUUUUCACACAGAUGGUUUUUCUCAGUUCCAGUUGAGUGAUUAUAUGUGUGUUACUGCCUUAGCCUGUCCUGUUGUGUGCGUCCAUUAAAAUGUGAGUAAGCAAUGUACAUUCUUCUUUUCUAAUGAUGAUUUUUAUUCUUCUUAUUCUGUUCUCCAUCACUCCUCUUGCUUACUAACCUUAAUUAAGAGUAAGUGAAGAAUUGUAAAGCUUGCUUCCACCUGUGCAGAGCUGCAAUGUUUAAUGUUACUAUGUUCAUAGUGACUAUUUGAUAUUUACUUUUUAAAGUUUAUUGUGCUAUUACAAAAUUAUUCACAUAAAAAUCUGCAUCAUUUGAAUUUGUUUUCUUUACCCAAAUACUUGUGAGUCAUGUAGCAUGAUUUUUCAUAUUGAAUUCAGCCUCCUUUGUUGGAUAAGAGGAUUCUGUGUUUUAAUAUUUUCUGGAGAACAUUGCCUUACAGUUUCAUAUUGUGGCAAAGAUUUGCAUCCUUUUCGCGUGGUGCUUUUAACCAGGUUGUCUGCAUUUUAUUUGCUCUAUAUCUUUCAUUUCUCUUCCUUUUUGGAAAGCAAACUUAUGCAAACCUACAAACAGAAAAAGACAUCUCUCCUGCACACCCUGUAAAGACUAUUAAACAAUAAAGUUCUCCUCACAGAAGCUUCUGGACUAUUGGUGACUUAAUUUGUCACUUUAGUUUUGGUUUGCUCUUUCUCACACUAUCUGUGGUAACCAGCGUACCAUGUGUGGCUGACUGUUCUGAAAGUGUGACUGCAGUUCCCAGUGUUGUUUAGAUUCAAGUUUUCACAUGCAAUUACAACAGAGAGGAGAACAUAUUUGUUCAUAUGUGGUAAAUAUUUCUUAAGAUCAGUUCAGUACAGCAGCCUGUCUCAGUUCUCUUUGUGUUGGCAAGGAAAGUGAAUCACUUUAUUUCCUGCCCCUGUGAAAAUACCCUGCCUAUAUCGUCUCCCGUUUACUGUUUCCUGUCAGUUAGGGCUGAGGUUCACAGCAGAUUUACACCCGGAUGUGUCCAAAAUUUUCUAGAUUCAUUUUAAAACAUUAAAACCACAGCGUGGGUGAAUAAAAAGCAUGGAGCAGUUUCUUAUUCUUGUGCUAAUGGCAGCGGGAACUCAUGCUCUGGUUCCAGUUGAUGAGACUACUUGUGACCUCAGGACGAGCGCAUGUCCAUGCUCUCCUCUUCUUGAAGAAACUGUAUAUAUCCAAGUGAUGACUGAUGCUAAUGGCUGUCAACUGCAGUGUUUGAAGGUGCUUCCCACUGAGACAAAAACUGUGUUCAAUAUCAAGAAAGGAAAAACAACAAUAGACAAGGAAUUUAACAACAGACUAACAUUUAUAAUCAACAACGGUACAAUCAAGAUCACAAACGCGAGGAGGAGUGACUCAGGUCAAUACAGCAUUGAGGUCUUUAAUUCAGAUGGAGUCCAAGAGAAAAACAUUAAUUUCACCCUGGAUGUUAAAGACAAUGGAAACUUUGAAGGCAAGGCACUCUGGAACUUCGAAGCAGACAAGUGUCUUUACCUGGUCAUAGCCUGUUGUGUACUGGCAUUUCUCCUGAUAGCAGUGUCAUGCUGUUUUGCGUGUAGAGAAAUGAACCAUCGUAAGCAAGGUUCACGUGCUCGUGUACUUUAAGCAACAAGAUGACUGAGCUCACCUCUUCAAUAAUCAAUACUGGACACUGAACUAAAGAUUCCUAAAAAUUGGGGAAAAAAAAUAUCAAACUACAAAAAAAGAAAUCAGGAGGUGACUGUGAUAUUUUCAUUUUAUACUUGUACAUACUGAAAAAGACUUGUUGGGGUUUUGUCUGUAAGGGUUUUUGUAUGGUCUUUACUGUACAAUAUAUUGCACAUUGAAGCAACUGUAAUUGUGAUUUGGUGCAAUAAAUAAAUAAAAUAGAAUGGAAAUUGAUCCAAAAAAAUGUAUGUAGAUGAUUAAAAUGUUCAUUUCUAAAGCCUGUCUGAAGCCUGAUUAUGCAACACUAAAGUAAAAUUUAAAAAAAAAAAAAAAUCAAAAUUUAAAUGUCAUUUUUCUUUAUGUAUAGCAUUAGCUAGAAAUAUAAUAAAAGGUAUAUUAAACCUUUUGAUUUCUUAAAGUUUUUUUUAAAUUUGUCAUUUAACUCAUAUGUUUCUUUCACUGAAUAAAAAUGUGAUAAAAAAUUAAUAGUUUAAAAGCUAAAACUGUUAUAACUGACAGGACUGUAUGUGACUGUAGGCAAAUGGGGCAGGAUAAAAUCAAAAGAAAUAACAGAUCAAAAUGAGAUUUUGUGGAAGAUGCUGCAGGCAUGCCUGUGGUUUGUAUGUUGACAUGUUUCACUUCCUUCAAACUGUAGUAACUGUUUACAAUGAAAAUCACUCCUUGUACGGUGAAACUUAACAUGCAAUCUCAGAACAUGGAACUGCAGAAAAUAUGUCAAAAAUCUGAAGUGCUGAGAUUCCAGUUUUUUGAUUGCUGCAACACUUCAUGUCAGCACAGUGGCCUUUAAAUAAAGUAAAUAAAAGAAUGA